AAUUGAGCUCUGUUGAUUCUUAGAACUGGGGUUCUUAGAAGUGGUGAUGCAAGGAGUUUCUAGGAAAGCGCGGAGACCAGGUCUGAAAGGAACCCUUGGACUGUGAAUCGAAGCCUAAGACAGACCCAGGAUGGCGUCUCCGGCCGACAGCUGCAUCCAGUUCACCCGACACGCCAGCGACGUCCUCCUCAACCUCAACCGCCUUCGGAGCAGAGACAUCCUGACAGACGUCGUCAUCAUCGUCAACCGGGAGCAGUUCCGGGCCCAUAAAACCGUACUGAUGGCCUGCAGUGGCCUUUUCUACAGCAUUUUCACGGAUCAGUUGAAGUGCAAUUUGAACGUCAUCAACCUGGAUCCCGAGAUCAACCCGGAAGGCUUCGGCAUCCUCUUGGACUUCAUGUACACCUCCCGCCUCAACCUGCGGGAAGGCAACAUCAUGGCCGUCAUGACCACCGCCCUUUACCUGCAGAUGGAGCACGUGGUGGACACCUGCCGAAGGCUGGUCAACUCCAGUGAAGCAGAGCUGGUCUCGGCUGUGAAGGCUCCCCGGGAAGAAUUCCUCGCCAGCCGCAUGCUGAGCCAUCCGGAGAUGAUGGCAUACAGGGCCCGGGAAAUGUCCGAAAACAGCCUGCCCCUCCGGAGCGGCCCCGUUUGUGACGGGAGGGCCUACAUCCCCGGCAUGUACAACAGCCUUUCGGGGUCUCCGAUCUCCUACACUGGAUACAACCCGGUGCCCGUCGGAGGCUACCUGUUCUCGGACGAAGAGGCCAGGAUGCCGCUGCCAGAUGUAUCCAGAGCUAACACUUUCCAGAGGGAGCGAGCGCUGCCCUGCGGCGUCUCCCGGACAUGCGCUACCGAUUACACCCGGACGACAGCUGAUGCUUCUCCCAGCAUGUGCCACAACACCAUCUACUCCCCGAAAGAAGCUGCUGCUGAAGAGGUCAAGAGCGACGUGCGCUACAGCGCCGCCUCCGCCGCCGGACCCAAACCCGCCACCCCUUUGACCCGGAACAACGGCUACUUCGCCUGCGACAAGGCGAGCAAAGAGGAGGAGCGGAGCCACGUGGAGGACGAGAUGGGGUCGCGCUACGAGCCGAGCAACGCGCCCGUGAACCGCAAGGUCCUGAUCAGCCCCCAGAGCCCCCAGAAGUCGGACUGCCAACCCAACUCUCCGACCGAGUCCAGCAGCAGCAAGAACGCCUGCAUUGGCCAAGGGGCCGGCUCCCUCGCCGCCAAGAGCCCCACGGACCCCAAGGCGUGCAACUGGAAGAAGUACAAGUUCAUCGUCCUCAACUCGCUCAACCAGAGUGCCAAGCAAGACGGCCCCGAGCAGAACGAGGCCGGGACUCUCUCCCCGCAGUCCUACACGCCCUCCCUGACCUGCCAGCAGCCCAUGGAGCCGGAGAACCUGGACCUGCAGUCGCCAACCAAGAUGAACGUCAACGGGGAAGACUCCACAAUCCCGCAAGCCAGCCGACUGAACAACCUGGUGAACAGGUCCCUGGAGGGCUCCCCACGGAGCAGCGAGGUCCAGUCCCCCUUGUACCUGCAUUCCUCCAAGUGCAGCUCCUGCGGCUCCCAGUCCCCCCAGCAUCCCGAGAUGUGCCUUCACACCCCCAGCUCCAACUUCGGAGAAGAGAUGGGCGAGACCCAGUCCGAGUACUCCGAUUCCAGCUGCGAAAACGGAACCUUUUUCUGCAACGAAUGCCACUGCCGCUUUUCGGAAGAGGCUGCCCUCAAGCGACACUCCCUCCAAAUGCACAGCGACAAGCCCUACAAAUGUGACUGUUGCCAAGCCUCCUUCCGCUACAAGGGGAACCUAGCCAGCCACAAAACUGUCCACACAGGUGAGAAACCGUAUCGCUGCAGCAUUUGCGGAGCGCAGUUCAACCGGCCGGCCAACCUGAAGACUCACACGCGGAUCCACUCCGGCGAGAAGCCCUACAAGUGCGAAACCUGCGGGGCAAGAUUCGUCCAGGUUGCGCACCUCCGGGCCCAUGUGCUGAUCCACACUGGCGAGAAACCCUACCCAUGUGAAAUCUGUGGCACGCGCUUCAGGCACCUGCAGACCCUCAAGAGUCACCUUCGCAUCCACACCGGAGAGAAGCCCUACCAUUGUGAAAAGUGCAACCUGCAUUUCCGCCACAAAAGCCAGCUGCGGCUCCACUUGCGCCAGAAGCACGGGGCCAUCACCAACACCAAGGUGCAAUACCGCGUCUCGGCGGAGGUCACGCCGGAGCUCCCCAAAGCGUGCUAGAGAGAGGCAGGCGCAGACAAAGGAGGGCCGGGGCGGCGGGUUCGAGAGACGGCGGCAAAGAAGGGGGAGACCAUGCCCAAAGGAGACUCGUCACACUUCAGCGACUCCUCCGCUGCUUUUAAUUCGUUUUGUUGGUCACCCAAUGGAGUGCCUCUAAGAAGCCCAGAGAGCGCAGGCAGGUGGAACAGACAGAGGAAAAGGACUGAGUGAUGAGAAUACACGGGUUUUACGUUUUUAUUAUUAUUAUUAUUAUUAUUAUUUUGGUUUAUUUCCCAGUUAUGUGAAUUUUUCAAGGAAAAAAAAAGAUAUAUAUAUGUGUGUGUGUGUGUGUGUGUGUGAGAGAGAGAGAGAGUGUGCGCGUAACGGCUGAGAUUCUACCAUGGGUUUGCGUUGCAUUGGACUCCACUUGUGGAGAUGAAUUGUGAUGAACGGCUCGGUUAUGCCACUGAACCAAGAUGUCAAAUGUGCCACUACAUGCGCAGUGUGUGUCUGUGUGUCUGUGUGCGCAUCCGUGCACAUCCAUACACGAUUUGUGCCUAUGUGCAAUGUGCUCAUCCAUGCACACCUAUUUGCAAUGGACAUUUCCGUAUUUUUUCGAUUGUAAGGCACACUUUUUCCCCAUAUAAAUUUGUGGUGUAUCCUAGAAUCACAAGUAUUUAUACAAGGAAAGGCAGAGCAUCAGUGCCAUGUGACUCCACAGAAAGGCAACUUUGCUUUCAAAUAUAUUUGAACUAUGUAUAUAUUGUUGACAGGAGGAAUCCAAUUUAUGGCUAAAACAAGUAUAGUAGACUCUCAGUUAACCAAUAUCUAUGGAUAUUAGUAAGUUCUGGAUCAAAGUACUUUUUGGUUGCUUGAGAGUUACUAUUAAAAAUAGGCAUAAUGCAUGCCCCAUACUUUUCCAUAUCCUCAACUUUGUGUUGGCUUAAUAGUAAUAUAUAUAAAAUAUACAAAAUAUAAUAAAAGACUAAAUAGGGAGAUGAAUUCAUUAGCAGAAUUAAAACUCAAGAUAUUCAAAGUCAUUCAUUUUUAGAAGCAAAGCCUUGUUUUGCUUGUGUGCGCCUUACAAUCAAAGAAAUGCGUUAUUUGCCACAUGCAUGCAAACAUACAUCCAUGCGCCUCCAUGUGCAAAGUGCGCAUCCAUGCACCCCUACACAGUUUGUGCCUCUUUGCAGUGUGCUCCUCCAUGCACACCCAUUUACAAUGUGCACCCGGUCGCAAGGUGCGCAUGUCCUUGUAUCCAUGCUCAGUGCGCGAUAAUGUGCCAUGUGCCCAUCUAUGCGCUCAGCCCCGUUGCACUACCUAUGCACUUCUGCUGCUUUGAACCGUAUUCUGGAUUGGACAAAAACCUCCCAACGACUUCCACUUGGGAAGUUCUACCCACAAAAGACAGACACGGAGAGGAUUCUGGCCUGCUAUAUAUCUAUCUAUAUAAAAAUACUUUUCAAAUAUACAAUAAAUUCUCAGUUAACCGGCACUCAUGGGGAUGGGUAGAUGACAGAUAAAGAGGUAUAUAUAGGCUUUUCCCAUCUUCGGCAUCUAGGAGGCUUGUGCUCAGUUCCGGCCACAAGGGGGUGCUGUUGCUCCAUCUUCCUCCCAAAGAGCUUUGUUGGUCAACUUCCUCCUUGAUCAAAUCGCCGGCGUUUUUCUGGCAUUUCUUUAUGGGUGCUUUCAAUACCUCCCCGCUUUUAAGCGUUCCCUAUUUAUCUACUCACAUUUUGCUUUCGAACCGCUAGGUAGUCAGAAGCCAGGACCUCAUCCUAACCUGUCAACCUUUCGAUUGACAAGAUUUACUGCAGCUGGUGGUUUAAUCUGCCCGUGCCUGCUAUAAACUCUGUAUUGACUGGCUGUUAAUAUUGAAAUAGAGUCAUUAAAAGCAAAUUAAGACAAUGGGUUAAACCCUUGUGCCGGCAGGACUGCUGACCAAGAGGUCAACGGUUCGAAUCUGGGUGAGAGUGGGUGAGCUCCCUCUGUCAGCUCCAGCUCCCCAUGCAGGGUCAUGAGAGAUGCCUUCCACAAGGAUGGUAAACACAUCAAAACAUGCGGGCAUCCCCAUGGGCAACGUCUUUGUAGACGGCCAAUUCUCUCACACAAGUGAGCAAUUUUCUCAAGUCACACCUGACACGAAAAAAAGAGACAAAUUAAGGCUAAUUUAACAGUGUUAUUAGGAUUAAAAGAUGCCAAAUAAAUGAAGUUUCUGGUUUGCUUCAGAGUUCCUAUUAAAAACUCUAAAAAAAGACAAAUUGGGACUAAUUUAAUUGCAUUAUGAGGAUUGGAAGAUGUCAGAUAAAUGUAGUUUCUGGGUUGUUUCAGAGUUACUAUUAAAAAUAGUAAAAAAAAAAAAACCCAAUACUAUCCUGUACCCUAAGCUUUGUUUUGAAUUGAUACAAAUAUCAAAAUUACAGUCAUUAAGCCAAGCUUCAAGUGAGUGUUACUAUUAAAAAUAGGGAAAAAAAAUACCCAAUACUAUCCUGUACCUUAAACUUUGUUUUGAAUUGAUAAGAAUAUCAAAAUUACGGUCAUUAAGCCAAGCUUCAAGUGAGCGUUACUAUUAAAAAUAGGGAAAAAAAUUCCCAAUACUAUCCUGUACCCUAAACUUUGUUUUGAAUUGAUACGAAUAUCAAAAUUGCAGUCAUUAAGCCAAGCUUCAAGUGAGUGUUACUAUUAAAAAUAGGAAAAAAAAAAUACCCAAUACUAUCCUGUACCUUAAACUUUGUUUUGAAUUGAUAAGAAUACCAAAAUUACGGUCAUUAAGCCAAGCUUCAAGUGAGCAUUACUAUUUAAAAAAGUAAAAAAAAAAAAUACCCAAUACUAUCCUGUACCCGAAACUUUGUUUUGAAUUUAUACAAAUAUCAAAAUUACGGUCACUAAACCAAACUUCGUAUAACACAGUUUUCCCAUCAGAACAUCUUUGUGAUUCGCCACUUGGAGAAAAGAAAUAAAUAGAUAAUUUAAUUUUUAUUUUUAUACAAUGUAUUAUUAUUAUUAUUUGGUUGGUUGCUUGAGAGUGCCGUUUAACUGAGAGCCUACUGUAUUGAAGAGGAAGGGUGGUGGGAUACGUAUGUCUCUCCGUUUGCGAGAAAAAGCGCUUGGUUGUGUGUUUAGGACCGAGAUGGAAAGAUUUCUUAACGUCGUCUAUAUAGCGGAGAGUCGGUAACACGUCGACUCUUUACAGGCAGAAAAAAAAAUCAAAUGAGGAAUGUAUAUCGUUUUACGGGAACAACAAAAAUUUAUUUCUUUUUUUUUAAUGCAAAAAAAUUGUGUGUUUUUAAACAAGAGAGCGGGGAGAGAAAAAAAGAUUGUAUAUGCUGUAAGACGGGCAAGGGGAACGUUGAGCCGUUCGAGCCCAAUGUUCCCCACGCCUUGCUAUAAGAGAAGAAGAAAAUAUAUAUAGGAGAGAGGGCUUUAACUUUUUAACCAAAGGUGAAGGAAAUCUAUGGCAGAGUUGUACAUAUAUGAAUAUAUAUAUAUAAAUAAAGUAUAUAUAUAUAAAAAUAUAAACCUUUAAAAAAGAUAUAUUAUUAAAUAUAUAAAUAUAUAUAUAUAAAAAUGCACUGGAGUCUCAGGCUCGGUCUCUGCGGGCAGACGGCCGGCCGGAAGGGUCUUCUUUGCAACAGAGCACUUAACAAGAUAUUUUAAGAAGAAGAGAAAAAAAGUAUUGCAUCUGUAUUAGUGAGAAAAUAUUUUGUCUAAGAGCAUUGAGUGUGUCUUUGUAUUUUUUUGCAAGUGAAGGUUUACAAUUUACAAAAAAAGAAGAAGCGUGUAUUAAAAACCAACAAAAGCUGCAGAAGGAAUUUAAAAAAAAUAAUAUAAAGUGUAAUAAUAAUAAUUAUAAUAAUUUUUUUUCAGGGUCCCCCCACCCUCCCCUUAAGUCUGUAUAUAUAAAUAUGUGUGUGUGUGUGUAUGUAUAAUGUUUGUUUGGGGUUGUUUGUUUCUCGUUUUUUUUUUUCUCACGGUGCCUUUCUUUUGCAACUCGAUUUGGAGCCCUGCUUUUGAGGUACGAUGGUUGGAUCCUUAAUGGAUAAAAAGAGGGGGUUCAAAAGCAGCCCCUGGAUGGGAUAAAAAAAUAUAUCAGGUGGUUCUUUGCAUUUUCUUUUUCUUUUUUUUAAAUACUAAAAAUUUUAAAAAAGGUAAAUUGGUCUCAUAUUUUAUACACUUGUGUUAACAAUCAGUCAAUCUCGGGAGAACAGGGUCUGGGCUGCAACAAAACUGCAUUGAUGCGUUUCUGUAAAAUAUAGCUGUACAAACUCAAAAGAAAAAAAAGGAAAAAAAGAAAUAAAACAGCAGAAAGCAACCAUGAA